ACAGGAAUUACAGUAUAUUUUCCCAAAUCUGAAAAAUGUAAAAGGUGUGCAUCAUAGCUGACACCUAGAUGAACACUUUACGGUGUGUUUUAUGAUUACUAAAUCAAAGUAGACUGAAGGGUAUUGAAAAGAUCGCCGCACAAUGGGACUCAACGUGUUGUUCGUUCCCGUGGAUACAGCCCAACAAUCACAAAGACACCGAUGAAAGCCGAACCUGCUUAUUAUUCAGGAUGGAAGAAACAGACCUCAGAAAUUAUGAGUUAUCCCAACUGCAAGCAGAAGUCGAGCAGGAGAGAGAGGUCAAGGAGAUGUUAAAGGACUCCGUGUCUGAUCUGAGGAGCACACUGGCCGAUUUGGAGAACAGACUUCGUAAUGUCGAUGGAGAAGAGAACGAGUGGAGAACCAGAUAUGAGACACAGCUGGAGCUGAACGAGCAGCUGGAGAAACAAAUCCGAGUCGCUCGAGAGAGACUCGAGACCCUCCGCGGUGACCCCUCAGAUCGACUGGCUUCUAUUCGCUCAUAUGAUGAAAUGUCAGAGGAUGCUCUCAGACGGAGAUUGAAAUUGCUGUCUACUGAGAAGUGCAGCCUUCAAUCCCAACUGAAGGAUUUCCAAAUGAGAAUUGUGCAGGAGGGAAAGACUUACCAGAAAGUCUACGAAGAGAGGCGGGCGUAUCUUGCUGAGAUCGCAAAGCUGUCUUCAACUGUGGAUGUGAGCAGAAAGCAGCAUACGGUUCAAGCCUGGAGGACAGCGCUGGGUCCAGACAAAAUCAGAGGCCAGGAGAGUAAGAGGCAACAUUCAAACAUGAUGCAGGGGGCUGUCAAAAAAGCACCAGCAAGGAGUCGUCUACCUCGAUUAAAACAUUAAUUCCAUUCAGGGUGUCCAUCAGCUAUUGUUUGAUAAUUUUUGUUUAAUUUUUCUUUUAUUCUUUUUUUUAAGAACAGUAAAAUGAAGCAUAAUCUUUGAGUUCAUAGACCUAGCUUGAUAGAGGCCACUUUGAACAGCCUAAUAAUAAUAAUAAUAAAAAAAUACAGUUAGGUUAUUUUUAGGUUAAUUACAGUUUGGUUUAUUUUAUUGGGUUUCAUCUUAUCAUUUCAGGGUGAAACAAUGUUAAGUCAGUGUUUAUGUGUCAGUGCUAAGUGCAUUGAAUUAAUAUUACAUAGUGAUAUUGGUUUUAUAGCAUUAUUAAUGUUGAAACAAUGGGAAAAUGGUAAUGUCACUGAAUCAACAUUAUGAAGUAAUGAUUGUAAUCAUCACAUGUUCACCUUCAGUUAAUGUUUCAUUUUCAUAAAAACUACAACAACAACAACAACAAUAACAAACAAUAACAUGUAACUGAAUCAGUGUUACACUGUGAUAUUCUACUGUUAUGCACAAUAUUAACUGUUGUUGAGUCAAUAUAAAAAAUAGGAUGUGAUUUAAACUGUAUGUUCAUUAUAAACCACUUUAAAAAAAAUAAAAUAAAAAAA